UUCCUGUCCUCUUCUCUUCUGUUCUCCUUCAAAACCCGACGCUCUCUCUUCUGCUCUAUUUUUCUGUGUCGUCGACGUGAAAUCGUAUCACUGUUUCUCUGUGUCGUUUUGUGAGAAAACUUGUCGUUUAUACGAGCAAUGGAUGAGAAUUCAGCUUAUGCUGAUCGAAUUCUCACUGAAGAUCAAAUGUACAAUGAUUAUAACAAUGUAAAGCUAAACGAUGACGGAUGGCAAACGGUUUCGUACCAGAAGAGAAACAGGAAGCAGUCGAAAGUCUCAUCGUUGGAGAAUUUCUCCGGUAAUCAUAGUAAUGGCGUCAGGGCCACCACUCCUGACGUCUUCAGCUCCAUCGAGCAACAUGCGGAGGAUCGCCGCAAGCGACUACUAGAGGCACAGCGAGCAGCCGCCCCCGCCAGUGAAUAUCCUUUCGCUGCAAACGGAUCGAAGCGGCAUUCCGAUGACGACGACGGAGAAAGCGACGGUGAAGCUCCUGCCGGUGAAGAUGGUGGAAUUGCCAACGGGGAUAAAAAGAAGGUGAAGGCUAAGAAACCGAAGAAACCAAAGGUGUCUGUGGCGGAGGCGGCUGAGAAGAUUGAUGCCGGUGAUCUAGGCGCCUUUCUUAUUGAUAUAACAUCGUCGUAUGAGAAUCAGCAGGAUAUACUGCUAAUGCGAUUUGCAGAUUACUUUGGAAAGGCGUUUAGCUCAGUGAGCUCUGCGCAAUUCCCUUGGCUGAAGAACUUCAAGGAAUCCUCAGUUUCAAAGAUGGUUGAUAUUCCUCUCUCUCAUAUUUCUGAAGAUGUUUACAAGAUAGCGGUCGAUUGGCUUGGUCAGCAAUCUCAUGAGGCACUUGGAUCUUUUGUGCUGUGGUCAUUGGAUAGCAUUUUUGCGGACCUUGAAAGUCAUCAAGCAACUUCCAAGGUAUCCAAAAAGCCAAAGCAGCAAUUGCCAUCAAAAUCUCAGGUAAAUGCCCUUUGCUUGUAGCUGCAUCUAUUUGCG